ACGCGGCGCCGGCCGGGCCGCUCCGUGCGACUCGGGGGGAGCACGCGCCACACCGGCACGCGAGGGGGCGCGGCGGGCGGGGCGGAGCGGGGCCGAGGCUGAGGCGGGGGCGGGGGGGCUGGGGCCGGCCCGGGCCGGCGCUCCCCCGCGGCCCGCAGUGAGCCGCGGCCUGGUCCGCACGUGGGGCCUGGUCCCCUCCGGCACGCCCGGGCCGCUUCCGUCGCCGUGCACGCUUUAGCUCGGCGUCUCGGCGUCCACGGGCGGGGAUGGCGCAUAACAACGUAGGAUCGUCCGCCGAGCCGCCGCCCGCCAUGGCGCCGCCGGAGCCUGAACCGGAGCCGGUGCCUGACUCGGUGCUGGAGCAGUGGCGGCAGUACAACGAGACCGAGCGGCAAUGGGGGCUCCGCCGCCGUUUCAUCCUCCGCCACCUCCACGGCUACCCUGGCGCCGCUAUCGACCAGCUCCUGUCGCUCUCCGUCCUCUGGACCAACCACGUCUUCAUGGGCUGCAGAUAUGGCAUGCAGGUCAUGGAGAAGGUUCUCAAGAUGGCUGAAGGCAUUGAUAUUGGGGAAGUGAGGUCAUAUGAGUUGGUCCCUGGCAAGACGCUAAAAAGACACCGCUCUCCAUCGGACGAUCCAGAGCCAGAAGAGGUUGCUGAACCACCCAAAAAGAUGGUCCCCAGGUUCCGGGUGCGACCACGUUUUGAACCCAUACACUUUGUCACCAGUGCUGAGAAGAAUGACAAGAAGGAAGAUUCUGUGAAUAACCAAAGGCAGGAUGUGAACCAGGAGGCAAACACAAACAGCGUAGCACAGCCAGUUGAAAACUGUACAAACUCCUUUGUGGGUGCACAGGAGGCGGAUUCUCAGCUCUCCAGCUCAGCUGGGUUUGGCUUUGCCGGCCCAGCAGCAGCAGCAGCCAAGAAGGCUGUGAAUAGUGUAGACUCUAGCACGAGCGGCACGUUGCAGGCUUCUGUUUCUCCUGCAGCUGCCCAGUCUGCAUCAGAGACCUUCCCUCCAUCAGCUAUAGCGCUGAAGCAGAGUUUUAUUGAGAAACUGUCAGCAGCUGUCUGGAAAAAUCUUUCUAACCCAGAUACAAACACGGGGACUGAAAAAAUUAACUUUACCUAUCUUUUGACACGUUCCAUUCAGGCAUGCAAGACAAAUCCUGAGUAUAUUUAUGUUCCUCUGAAAGAAAUUGCCCCUGCUGACCUCCCCAAGAGCAAGAAGCUCCUAACAGAUGGCUUUGCUUGUGAAGUGCGAUGUCAGAAUGUUUACCUGGCCACUGGUUACGCCGGCAGCAAAAACGGAUCGAGGGAUCGAGCUGCAGAGCUGGCAGUCAAGCUGCUGAAGAAGGCUGUGGAAGUUAGAGUUGUUCAGCGGAAGUUCAAGCACACCUAUCAUGAGGACUUGGUGGUGUGUGAGGCAGGAAUGAGUCGCUCAGAUUUCCCUCCUGCUCUCAAACCUCACGAGGAGUUUGUAGCUGCCAACAGGGACUGUGUCCCGGUGCAGCCUGGUACCGAGUCUGCAAAAGGCUCCACUACUACCACCAAGCACUGGACUAGUUUUGUCCUCACAGAGAACGCCAGCGACGCAAUAGGGAUCCUUAACAAUUCUGCCUCCUACAACAAAAUGUCUGUGGAGUAUAAGUACGAGUUAAUGCCCAACCGCUCGUGGCGCUGUCAGGUGUAUCUGCAAGAUCACUGCCUUGCCGAGGGGUUUGGCACUAAGAAGACCAGCAAGCAUGCAGCAGCCGAGGAGGCACUGAAAAUUCUGCAGAAGAUGCAGUCAAAUAUAGCAGCCAUCAAAGUGACGCAGGUUCAGAAAGUGGGCUGCUCGUCGCGGGGCUCUGGCAGGAAGAAGGACCUGAAGGACCUCGUGAUCUAUGAGAACUCCACUAACCCAGUGUGCACGCUGAACGACACCGCCCAGUUCAACAAGAUGACGGUGGAGUAUGUCUUUGAGAGGAUGACUGGCAUGCGAUGGAAGUGCAAGGUGAUGCUCGAAGAUGAGUUCAUCGCAGAAGCGGUUGGGCUGAAGAAAUCUGUCAAGCAUGAGGCAGCAGAGGAAGCCGUGAAAAUCCUCAAAAAGACUCAGCCAACUGUCGUUAAUAACCUGAAGAAAGGCACCGUCGAAGACGUCAUCUCCAGAAACGAGAUUCGGGGUCGAUCGGCAGCGGAGGCUUUCAAACAGAAGAUCAAAGAAGACAACAUCGGGAACCAGAUUUUGAGAAAGAUGGGCUGGACAGGCGGUGGCCUGGGCAAGGACGGGGAAGGAAUCAGAGAGCCCAUUUCUGUGAAGGAGCAGUUCAAAAGGGAGGGACUGGGGCUCGAUGUAGAAAGGGUGAACAGAAUCGCCAAGAGAGAUAUUGAGGAGAUCAUCCGGAACUAUGCACGCUCAGAUAGUCACAUUGACUUGACUUUCUCUAGAGAACUGACCAUGGAUGAACGCAAGCAGAUACAUCAGAUCGCCCAGAGAUACGGUCUGAAAAGUAAAUCCCACGGGCAGGGGCACAACAGAUACUUGGUGGUGAGCAGGAAGCGACGCAAGGAAGAUCUGUUAGACCAGCUGAAGCAGGAAGGCCAGGUUGGACAUUACGAGCUUAUUAUGCCUCAGGCAAACUGAGGCCAGAUGUCCCAUUUCACCAGAGUCUGAGCUUCCUGGAUACUUGCAUUAAAGAGAGAGAUGCUGCAUUGUUCUCCUGCUGGGUUAUAUUAGCGCUGAAGUCUUCUGCUGCGUUAAUAUAAUUUGGGAACCGUUGUCAGGCGAUGAGAACUGGCAGAGUUCUGUCCGAGUGUGUUAGCACAGCCCAAAAGCAGUAGUGCUGUCACUGUAUGUGUCUUUGAUAUUACCUGUUCCUUCACAUUUUAAUAGUUUUGUAAUAGCAAAAACACAUGUCCAAGGAGAAGGAAUUUGACAUCAUUUAAAAUUGUGGCUCCCUUAAUUCUUCUUGACCAAGGAAAGGGGGGGGAAAAAAAAAAACCAA